ACAUUUACAUAUUACCAAAGUCAUACUUUUAGAGAGUGCGUAACUUUAUAUGUAUCUAGGAAUAUCAAUUUAAUUAUGUAACAAAUAAAAAAAAUUUCUUUUCUAAAAAUUUUAGAUCGAUAUUUUUAAUAAUUUUAAGCAAACAUUGAAAUGAAAUACAUUAAAAUGUUAUGUAUGCGAUAUUUUGUUUGUGCCAACUGCCAAGAUAGUUUCAAGGGCGGGAAUGUGUGGGAAAUUCAAAAAUGGUUCUCAUUGUUAGUAUUCUGUGAUAUUCGGUGCGACCUUUCACUAUCAUAACCUUUAAGACAACAUUUUUUACUUCUAUAGAAGAAUUUAUGGUCUUCAUAGGUGAAUUAUACAUAAUCUGAAAAGUCAAAAGUAACUUUCAGUUUUAUAUUAUGUAAAACAAGUUUGAUAUCGUCGCUCUAACAAAUUUGUUAAGAAGUGAUUAUUCUAUUGUGCGUUACGUGUAACACGUUUAAUUUUCUAAGCAAGCUUAACGGUUGAAUUUAAAAUGUCUAUGAGAAAAAUUUAUUCAUUGGUAUUUGUUAGGAAGACAACAGAAAUUUUACUAGGUUUAAAAAAACGAGGAUUUGGAGAAGGUAAAUGGAAUGGUUUUGGCGGUAAAGUAGAAGCAGGGGAAACAAUUCUUCAGGGAGCCAUUCGUGAAUUAAAAGAAGAAUGUGGUUUAUCUGUAAAGGAUUUGAAAAAAAUCGGUCUCUUAGAAUUUGAGUUUGAAGGAAAUGAGAUUCUAUUAGAGGUUCAUGUCUUUGAAACAUAUCAGUACCAUGGAAAAGUAAUAGAAUCUGAAGAAUGUGACACCAGUGCAACACUAAACACAACACUCGGCAAUCGCCAUUUUGCCAGUUCUCUUUAUCGACUGUACGCACCUUUAGACGCAAUUUUAUGCAUCAGAAGCAUCGGAUCGAUUUAAAUAAACAGUAUUACCUUUGAUAUUACAUAAUGUCAUUACUGACACUUCCCAUCAAUUGACUACAAUUACUCGCGUUGCACAACUGUGACAAUGCGUUGCUGUUAUUACAUUUACACUUUUUAUUCGAUUUCAAUUAAGAAAAUAAUUUCUUCAAUCGAAAUUAAUCGUCUGGAAACUUUAUACAUUAUAUAUAAUGCAAUAUCUUUCCAAAAAUUAUAUGUUUCAUAAAUAUACUAAAUAUUUUCUAUAACAAUUU